GGCACCAGACGUCUACAAGAAACAUUUGUUACCAUCAGCCUGCACUUUGCACACUCUACCGAGUCCUCCCAACAGGCGUUCCCCUCACACCACCAUCAUGCAGAUGCCGGACAUGCCCGUCAACGUCCCAAUCGACGACCCCAGCGCCGACACGGAAUGGAACGAUAUCCUCAGGAAACAUGGCGUCAUCCCCGAGAAGCCACCAUCGCCGACACCCAUGAUUCAGGAGGCGCUCGAGCAAGCCCGCGAACUCGCACACGAAAACCGUUUAGAAGGUAAAGACCUGGACGAGCUGGCCGAGCUAGAGGAUGAAGAAGACGACGACUUUCUCGAUUCGUACCGUCAAAAGCGCAUGGCCGAGCUUGCAUCGAUAAAUACCGCCUCGGUGUACAACCAAGUCUAUCAUAUCCAGAAACCCGACUACUCUUCCGAUGUUACCGAAGAGAGCAAAAAGGCAUACGUGCUGGUCUUGUUGACGAGUUCGACGGGUACAAACACCGAGUCAAGAGUCAUGAUUGAGCAUUGGAGGGAGUUGGCAAAGAGAUUUGGCGAUGUCAAGUUUUGCCAGAUGAGGGCAGAUCUUUGCAUCGAGGGGUACCCGGAUAAGAACACGCCGACAGUGCUGAUCUACAAGGACGGAGAUAUCAAGAGGCAGAUUGUUACGCUGAUGCAAUUGAAGGGACCUAGGACAAGUGUACAGGAUCUGGAAAGGCUUCUCGUGGAUGUUGGCGCCGUCAAACUAGGAGACUCGCGCCUCCAAAAGAAGAGGGACGACGAGGACGCCAACCCUAGCAGGAUAAGACAGGGCACCACCGCAGGAGACGAUGACGAUAGUGACUGGGACUGAAGGCGUACUGGUUGGAUAUUGUGACGGCUUAUUGCCUGGUAGGGCUGUUGACGCCCACAAACUCGACUUCAAAGCUGUCUCUCGGAGACUUGCUUUGUACGUACCGUGCGAGGAACGUCUGGCAUUGAGACAUGUGUUGGCUUUCCAGGCAGUAGUUGACGAUGGCGGAUGCUCACUUCGCAUGGACAUAUCAGACACUGUGGCGCCUCGAUCGGUGUUGAAUGGAUACAUUCUGGUCGUGGACUGACCCCUUGCUAGUAGACUUGUGCUACGAUGCUGGUUUGAGGUAUGAGCGUUGAAGUCAAGGGAUCAUAUUCCCCGGGCACGGGAGUGCUGGCGGUAGACAAGUCAAGAUGAAGAAAUU